GAUGGUGGCGGCCGGAGCGGGGCGGCGGCUCCCCGCGCCCUGACCGCCGAGGGGCCGCGGGCCGAGGCACCAUGAGCGUGCGGCCUCCGCAGGCCCUCGACAGGUUGUCCACCCUGUCGUCCCUGGGGGAUUCCUCAGCAGAGCGAAGGUCUCCAGGACACCGCCGCCAGCCCUCCGACUCCUCCGAGACCACAGGUCUGGUCCAGCGUUGUGUCAUCAUCCAGAAGGACCAGCAUGGCUUCGGCUUCACCGUCAGCGGGGACAGGGUUGUCCUGGUCCAGUCGGUGCGGCCAGGAGGAGCAGCCAUGAGAGCUGGGGUGCAGGAGGGGGACCGGAUAGUCAAGGUGAAUGGCACCAUGGUGACCAACAGCUCCCACCUCGAAGUGGUGAAGUUAAUCAAGUCUGGUGCCUACGUCGCUCUGACCCUCCUGGGCUCCCCCCACUCCUCCGUGGGGCUCUCCAGUUCUCAGCCAGAUGUCACCGUGGCCGGGGGUCCUUGUGCCACCCCCGCCUGCCCCCCGCCACCUCCCCCACCUCCGCUCCCACCACCCCAGCGCAUCACGGACCCCAAGCCCCUCCAGGACCCUGAGGUGCAGAAGCACGCAACGCAGAUCCUGCGGAACAUGCUGCGGCAGGAGGAGGCAGAGUUACAGCGUUUCUAUGAAGCCUACAGCCGGAACCCCGCCAGCGCCGUGGAGGAGCAGAUCGAGGGCGCGCGGCGGCGAGUCAGCCAACUGCAACUCAAGAUCCUGCAGGAGACCGGGGGCUCCCUUGACUUGGGGCGGCUGGGCAGUGACUCUGGCUUGGCAGGCUUCAGGGUGAUGGAAGGACGCCUGUCCCUCGACUCGCAGGAUGGUGACACUGGGUUGGAGGCUGGGACAGAGCGGUUCCCCUCUGGGACUGAGGUCUCCCUGAACCGCAACUCUGUCCCCUCAGAGCAGGGUGGGGACAGUCCCCGGACCUCCCCGGUCAUCACCUCCCGCCUCUUCCAGCACCACCGCCGCCAUGGCUCUGACACCCCCUUCUCCACGGAGCAGGGCUUGGACCGGACAGGACAACCCUCCAUCAUUGGGCCGGAGGAGGAUUGUGACCCUGGAUAUUUCAAUAAUGAGUGUGACUCCCUCUUCCAGGACCUGGGCAAGCUGAAGUCCCGUCCAGCUCACCUUGGGGUCUUCCUGCGCUACAUCUUCUCCCAGGCAGAUCCCAGCCCCCUGCUUUUCUACUUGUGUGCCGACGUGUGCCAGCAGAGCCCCCCCAAGGACUCCCGGGGCUUGGGGAAGGAGAUCUGGAACAUCUUCCUGGACAGGAACGCGCCUCUGCGAGUGAAGGUCUCAGAGCAGCUCCUGGCUGAGAUCGAGUCUCGCCUGCGCAAUGGGGACGAUGUCCGAGCUGCCCUCUUUGAAGCUCAGGAGAUGGUGAUGCCUGAGAUCCAGGAGCAGAUCCAGGAUUACAGAACAAAACGUACCAUGGGGCUGGGGAGCCUCUAUGGGGAGAACGACCUCUUGGAUCUGGAUGGGGACCCCCAGAAGGAGAGACAGGUGGCUGAGAAGCAGCUGGCCCAGCUGGGUGACAUCCUGUCAAAAUAUGAAGAGGACAGGAGCUGUCCCAUGGCCUUUGCCCUCAGCACCUACAUGAACCACACAGGGAUCCGCAGCCGCGAGCCCCGCGCCACCAGCGAGAAGGUCCAGACCCUCCCAGACAGGGACAAGUGGUUGCCCUUCUUCCCCAAGGCCAAGAAGAGCAGCAGCACAAAGAAGGACAAGGAUGCCAUGGAAGACAAGAAGAGGAACCCCAUCCUCAAGUACAUUGGGAAGCCCAAAAUCUCCUCCCAGAGCACAUUUCAUGUCCCCUUGUCCCCCGUUGAAGCAGUCAAGCCUGGCAAUGUGAGGAACAUCAUCCAGCACUUUGAGAACAACCAGCACCAUGAGAACCAAGAACCCGGCACCCAACGUCUCUCUACUGGCAGCUUCCCCGAGGACCUGCUGGAGUCAGAUGGUUCCCGUGCUGAGGUCAAGCUGGGCCGCUCGGAGAGCCUGAAGGGCCGGGAAGAGAUGAAGAAAUCCAGGAAAGCAGAAAAUGUCCCACGGUCCCGGAGUGACGUGGACAUGGAUGCUGCAGCCGAGGCCACCAGGCUUCACCAGUCAGCAUCAUCUUCUGCUUCCAGCCUGUCCACAAGGUCCCUGGAGAAUCCCACCCCUCCCUACACACCCAAGAUGGGACGCAGGAGCAUCGAGUCGCCCAACCUGGGUUUCGGGGUGGAUCCUUUCCUGCCUCAUCUCCUGGAGGAUGAACAGGGGCAGCUUUCCGACCUGGAGCCUGAGCUGGACACCCAGAACUGGCAGCAGAUGGUCCCACGGGAGCUGGUGGCCAACCUGACACAGAAGGAGAUCGACCGGCAAGAGGUGAUCAACGAGCUCUUUGCCACUGAAGGCUCUCACCUCCGCAUCCUCCGGGUCCUCGACCUCCUCUUCUACCAGCGGAUGAGGAAGGAGAACCUGUUAUCCCGGGAGGAGCUGGCACUCCUCUUUCCCAACCUCUCUGACCUGAUAGACAUCCACAAUUCUCUCUCUGAAUCCAUGAAGAAGCUCCGGGAAGAAGGACCAAUCAUCAAAGAAAUUGGGGAUCUCAUGCUGUCUCGGUUUGAUGGCCUGGCCAAGGAGGAGAUCCAGCAAGUGGCUGCUGACUUCUGCUCCUACCAAUCCAUUGCCUUGGAGCUGAUCAAAACCAAGCAGCGCAAGGAGACCCGGUUCCAGAUCUUCAUGCAGGAGGCAGAAAGCAACCCCCAGUGCCGGCGUCUGCAGCUCAAGGACUUGAUCAUCUCAGAAAUGCAGCGUCUGACCAAGUACCCCCUGCUGCUGGAGAACAUCAUCAAGCACACUGAGGCGGGCACCUCGGAGCAGGAGAAGCUGUGCCGAGCCCGGGAUCAGUGCCGGGACAUCCUCAAGUACGUGAACGAGGCGGUGAAACGGGCGGAGAACCGGCACCGCCUGGAGGGCUACCAGAAACGACUGGAUGCCACCCCCCUGGAGAGGACCAGCAACCCCCUGGCUGCUGAGUUCAAGAACCUGGACCUCACCUCCCGGCGCAUGAUCCACGAGGGGCCCCUGACCUGGCGUGUUAGCAAGGACAAGACUGUGGACCUCCACGUCCUGCUCCUGGAGGACCUUCUGGUGCUGCUGCAGAAGCAGGAUGAGAAACUGGUGCUCAAGUGCCACAGCAAGACAGCGCUGGGCUCCUCGGAGAACAAGCAGACCUUCAGCCCCGUCCUCAAGCUCAACUCCGUGCUGAUCCGCUCGGUGGCUACAGAUAAACGAGCUCUCUUCAUCAUCUGCACGUCAGAGCUGGGCCCCCAGAUCUACGAGCUGGUGGCGUUGACAUCCUCCGAGAAGAACACGUGGAUGGAGGUGCUGGAGAAAGCAGUACAGAGUGCCACCAGGAAUGCCACCUUCCCCCCGAAGCGCCGGACGCCGGAGCCCACCCGUUCAGCCCCCCCUGGCUUGGUGCUCCAGGAUCCCGACGUCUCCCCAGUCCUCUCCCGAGCAGAGACAGAAGAUUGUUGCUCUGAUGACAAUCCCACUGAGCUCCUGGCCAGGGAGCAGCCCCUCCCACCCCCGGAGGAGCCCCCCCUGGAGGAAGAGCUGCCCGAGGACCCCCACCAGAUCCACAAGGGGGUUCCCCCCCCCCCAGCCAAGCCCCACACCCCCCUGCCCGUCCUGGAGGGAUUGGCCGAGGCAGCACUGGAGGAUGUGGAGAACCUGAGGCUCCUGAUCCUGCGGAGGGUCCUGUCCUCCCCCCGCGAUGUUGACCCCGAGGAUGAUGUGACACCCACCGGGGGCCCUUGGGGCUCAGCACCCCUCAGCCAGGAUUGGGCCCCCCCAAGAGAGAGGUCGCUGACACCUCCCCCCCAAGUCACAGAGUCUGAGGUGGGAGAGGAGCCCAAUGGAUACAAAGUCAUCCGGAAAGCCCAUGGGGAGGGGGCUCAGGAGGCCACGCCCUCGCCAGGCAGCAGCCAAUCAGAAACUGAGCUGCAGGAAGGAGGCGGAGCUAAUGUAGAUGGUAACUACUUCUAUGUCAGCAUGCCCUUGGGACCGCCCCAACGCCCACCCAGACCCCCGCCCCCCCCGAGGGGGUCCCCGCAUGAGGCCCCCCCCCAGCCCAGCACCCCCGAGGGGUCUCCAGACCCCUCCCAUGACGUGGACCUGAUCUUCCGCACCAUUGAGAAGCUGAGGCUGAAGCUCAACAGGCUGAAGGCCAUGGAAGUCGCCCACCGGGAGCUGCUCCAGUCUCUGGGACGCACCCCUCUGGGGGGCUUCUCGCCCCCCCAGCCCGACGGGUGGUCCCAGCAGCCCCCUAGCCCUGAUGGGGACAGCCUCGAAGGGGACAGUCCCCUGUCUCACGCCCUCCAGAGUCUGCAGGGCCCUGCCACCAAUGCCCCUGGCUCCAGAGUCCCCCUCGCCGAGGCCCCCCCUGGCACUGCCGCCCUUUAGCUGCAGUGGGGCUGGGGGGAGGGAGGAGAAGGGGGGGGAGAACGACGACAUUGCCCCCCCAGAAUCACC